GUACGACAGCUUGUAAAAGAGGGUCGACUUGAGUUCAUCCUCGGGGGCCAAGUGAUGCACGACGAGGCUGUAACUGAUCUGGACGACGAGAUUCUACAAAUGACAGAGGGACAUGGUUUCCUCUACGAGACGUUCGGGGUGCGCCCUCAGUUUUCCUGGCACGUGGAUCCGUUUGGAGCGUCUGCGACCACGCCGGUCCUCUUUGCCCUGGCCGGCUUCAACGCCCACCUCAUCUCUCGCAUUGAUUACGACCUCAAAGACACCAUGCAGAAAAACAAGAAACUGCAGUUUGUAUGGAGAGGUUCUCCCUCUCUAAAAGAAAAGCAGCAGAUCUUCACUCACACUAUGGACCAGUUUAGCUACUGCACCCCAUCAUACCUGCCUUUCUCCAACAGCUCUGGUUUCUAUUGGAAUGGCGUUGCCUUGUUCCCCGAUCCCCCUAAAGAUGGCGUUUACCCCAACAUGAGCCUGCCCGUCACCAAGGAGACGGUAAAGGCCUACGCCAAGACGAUGGUGAAGAACAUCAAGCAUAGGGCUGCGUGGUUCAGGACGAACCACGUGCUCUGGCCAUGGGGUUGUGACAAACAGUUCUACAACUCAUCUGUCCAGUUCAACAACAUGGACCCUCUGAUGAAGUACAUCAACCAGAACAGCAAAGAGUUUGGGGUGACAGUCCAGUACGCCACUCUUAGUGAGUACUUCAAAGCGAUCCACCAAUCAGAUCUGGUCUGGGAUCUUCGUGGAAGUGAAGAUUUUCUACCAUACUCCACUGAGCCGCACCAGGCGUGGACGGGGUUUUACGCCUCCAGAAAUGUUCUGAAAGGAGUGGCUCAACGUGCGAGCUCUCAGCUGCAUGCAGCGGAGACGCUCUUCACCCGCUACCGAAUCAGCUUCCCCGACGGACCUGUAGCUAAAGACUGGGCCCUGGACAAACUGAGGGCGCUGCGCUGGGCUGUCUCAGAGGUGCAGCAUCAUGACGGCAUCACCGGCACCGAGUCUCCCAAAGUGGCGGACAUGUACCUGCAGCAUCUCAGGCAGGCCAUGAUGGGCGUGGAGGAGCUGCUGGCUGCACUCUUCCUGCUGCCCCACAGGCUCGAAAUACCCAGCAUCCUCGGCAGCCGCUACCACAGAAAAGGUUUUCAUGAGGCUUUGGAGCAGCACGUCAUCGUUUACAACCCGUUAGCCUGGAACAUCACCACCAUCAUCAACGUCACCGUAACCUUCCCCACUGCAGCCGUAUUUGAUGACGACGGACAGCCCGUCCCUGCUCAGAUCCAGAGGUCAGCACAGUCCAGUGUGACCUACGACCUCUUCGUCGUGGUUAAACUCGGAGGCCUCCAGCACAGGAAAUACCUGAUUAAGUUCUCUGGGAAGAAAUGCUCCGCGAGGUCCAAGUGUGGCUGGACUUACGAAGCUAAAGGGGUUUUGUUUGAGAGACGUUACACCCGGGACUCACUGAAAGCAGGGAGGAGGCUGCUGCCAGUUCUGAGUCAAUGUUACAAGCUGAUGUUUGACCAGGAUACAAAUCUACUGCACAGCAUCACGUAUCUGUAA